AUGCUCCGUCGUGCAGAAAUCAGUGCAGCAGGACACACACAUAUACAAGACCGCAGUAAAGGCCUUACUGGAGCACGUUUCCAAUAUACUCGGCAGAUCCUGAAGGGAGAUAGGAGGUCGAGGACGGGAAGUAAACAACGGAGGAUGAUGACAGAUCCUGUUGCGCAGGACCCCGAAAGGUGCCCCAAUUAUCGGGCGGAAGAAGAUAUCGGUCAGGUGGGAAAUGCACGAAGGCCACACAGAGGAAGUGACAGGUGCGCAGUUCGCCACUGGAAGAUGUUGCGGAUGUUGUGCACAAAAAUAGCAUCGUGGCAAUCGCAAUUCGACUAUCAGCUAGUAUUAUCAACUAUUGUUGUGAUAACAAGUGAAAUCGAUUCGGCGGAAACUGGGUUAAGGCAAAUAUAA